UCGAUAAAAAUGAUAAAUUAAAUUCGGAUUAUAAAGUUACUAAAGGAAUUGGGAAAAAUAUUAGUCCAAAGAGGAUUCAACGAACUGAAGACAAACAGAUAAAUAAGAUAUCCAAAAUUACUGAGAAAGAUCAAUCAGAAUGUGAAGAAUGCUAUGAACCUAAAAAAGAAUUUUGUGACCUUUGUGGUUGUUCUGUAUGCAAAUGGAAAAGAGAUCGAGAUCAUAUUCUCCUGUGUGAUGAAUAUUGUGGUAAAGACUUUCACACCAGGUGUUUAAAACCACCACUUGCAAGAAUACCAGCCAGAAACUGGUACUGCAUGAGAUGUUCAAGGAAAUCAAAAUAUAAGACACAAUCAGAUAAUUCAAGUUCAAAUGACAAC